AUGGCUUGUGUAUCUAAGGCACCGCAGGCGAAGGUGAAGCAAGAGCCGAAGGAGAUACCGAAUCCUGCCAUGCCGGAUGACGACAAGAAGGAGGACGGCGAUAUCAACGAUUGGUUGAACAACUUUGUAGACAACGACGACACGGUCUCCACUGCGGCCUCGAGUGCUCCUUCGAAGCGCAGGAAGGCGACAAAGAUCUACUUUUGUGUGAUCUGCAAGCGGUCCAGCGAGGACAACCACUGGGGACAGUACGACCACCGCAGAGACCCUUUUGGCGACUUGUGCAGACGGUGCAUGACUGUCAUUUUCCGCAUCUUUCCGGGUGAGCCCGUAGCUGAAAUUUGCAUCAAGUACCAUGACAAAGGUGACAACACAAAUGUCAAGGUCAUGAUCGAUGCUGGGAUCAGUGUCAUGGAAGGGGCUGAGCCUCGUCUGAAUCCUGCAUCCAGCGUCCAGAAGGAGACCCACCAGGGAUGGCAGAUUUCCUUCAAGGUUGCUUUCUUGACAGAGUCCCAGAUAACGGCUCUAUGCAAGGGCAUUCCACCAGAAGCCUUGAACCUCAAGGACUUGAAGAAAGUGUCCUUGAAAAUCACAGACGGCACCUUGUGCGAUGGCUACCUGCUUUCCUAUGUUGGCCUCCCACAGGACGUCAGAGAUUCUGUGCACGAGGUCCAAAUCUUUCGCAGCACUGGUUUCGAGCAUCAGGAGUUGUAUAUGCCCGCAAGCAAUCAGUUGGUCCCGCAACAAGCUGCAAACACCUGGAAUUUCCUCACGGCUGCAGACCUCAGGGGCCGUGUCCAAGCACUCAAAACCCCCAACACGGGUUCACGGCUGAGUGCGAUCCAAGCGGAUGCCAAUAAAGUUUAUGAAGAUCGAAAGAAGACGGAGGAAGCCGCUGCUGCUGUGAAACAGGAGCCCGGUGAAGGAGGUUGCAUCAGCAGCGAGGACGAGAACAUGGAUGCCGAUGAACGGGCGCGAAGGGAGCUCCACAAGUCUGCUGCGGCGGAGGCACCCUUGGAGAUGACUUUCUUGGAUGAGGAUGCAACUGCCACAACAAAAGCACCGAAGAAAAGGAUCACCAAGGGAAAAGGCACCGGCAAGGGUUCCGCAGGUCGGGGUAGCGGACGCUCUUCGUCGCCUCCGCCACCCAAGAAACCGAGAGGUACCGGUUCGCAGAGUGGGGGGGCGAAGUGCACAAGUGUCCCCUUGAGUGAGCUCGACUUGGCCAAGCUUCCACCAAACUUGUCAAAGAUUGCAUCGCGCAUUGGAUCCGUGCCAGACUGCUUUUACAAACUCGAUCCAUUGCUUUGCUUUGUGGAGCCUCUGGGAAGAUCCGUCGAUGCGGCCGGGCAGGGAGGGUUGGGGAGUGAGAAAGCGAGUGAUUGA